AACUAGCCCCUCCUCUCACUCUAAAUACUGUAAGGUGAGACAUUUGAAAUUCAGGCCGCUUUGUUAUUUACUUUGACAGCAGCCAGUACUUUUCCAAUUAAGACAAAUGAAAUAGCCUCCUCAGUGCAUCAGUUGGUUAAAGCCUGGGUGGACUACUGUACCUGCAGUACAUGACGCACAAUGGAAAUGGAAAUGAAAGGAAAUGCUUCCCAACCACUUACAUGCAAUGUUGGCAGUGGAAGCAGGAUUGACCCCUAUGGCUUUGAGAGACCUCACGAUUUUGAACCCUACAAGGAGAUGAUGAAUGAGUAUGAAGCUGUCCUCAAUAGAAGGUCGAUGAGAUGGUCCAAGCUCCUUCAAGAGAAACCCCAUGUGGAGAAGAACUUGACAAGCACAAUGAAAAGGUUUGUGCGUAAAGGUGUGCCUAACGAGCACCGCACCAGAAUUUGGAUGGCAGCCAGUGGUGCAAAGGAACGACUGGAGAGCAACCCGGGUUAUUAUCAGUCUCUGCAGGCCAUGGAACACGACUCCAAGCUGAAAGAAACCAUUCAUACAGACAUGCACAGGACCUUUCCUGAUAACGUCCUCUUCCAGAGCAAAGGAGAAGCAAGCCUGCAGACGGCUCUGUACAAUGUGUUGGUGGCCUACGGACACCAUAAUAAGGCAGUGGGGUACUGUCAGGGUAUGAACUUCAUUGCAGGAUACCUCAUCAUCAUCACCAAAGAUGAAGAGAAGUCCUUCUGGCUCAUGGAUGCAUUGUUGGGCAGAAUGCUCCCAGACUACUACAGCCCGGCUAUGUUGGGUCUGAAGACUGACCAGGAGGUUCUUGGGGAGCUGGUCAAGACUAAAGCUCCUGCAAUAGGACAGCUCAUGGCCCAGUAUCCUGGCAUAUGGACUCUGGUGGUGUCACGCUGGUUCAUCUGCCUCUACAUUGACAUACUACCAAUUGAGACCGUUCUGCGGGUCUGGGAUUGUCUUUUCUAUGAGGGCUCCAAGGUUCUUUUCCGUGUUGCUCUGACUCUCAUCAUCCACCACCAGCCAGAGAUCCUAAGAGCUCGCUCUUUGAUGGACGUGUGCGAGUGCUUCAAACAAAUCACCUGUGGAGCUUUCACUCUGGACUGCCACAACUUCAUUCAGAAAAUCUUUACAGAACCUGGGAGCCUAUCUAUGGCAACUAUUGAUAAACUGAGAGAAAAAUGCAAACAACGAAUACUGGAGGAAGAAUCUGGACCACUGUCAGGCUUUUGAUCCACCGCUGAAUAUCUGCUUAACCUGCUUUCAUUCAGUAUAAUAAAGUAACACUGUGUGCAAACAUAAUGGACAUAUUGGUGGAUAUUUGGUUGCUUUUCUUAACAAUUGUUAUUUUACUCUAAUCCAGUUGCCUGGAUGUUCUGAAUCUGUUCAAAUGAUAUUUGUGAACCUUGUCUUUUGCUUGGUUUCACAUGUUUUGCUGCUAUAGAUACUUGAAGAUAAUCACACUUGAUGCUCUGUAGAAAUUUUAAUUUGAAAUUUUACUACAUUGUAUUGUUGAAUUAUUUUACAGAAGUAGUAUGGGAAUGAUUUUUUUUUUACUGUGGAGAGUAAUAGUUGGGAGAAUGCAAUUUGAAUUUUCAGUCUUACGGGGAAAAGAAGAAAUAAUGUCUCUUGCAGUGGAACACUGUUCUAACCGUCCAUUUCUCUUUAAGAAGUAAAAUUAGAUGUAUAAUUUGGUGUGGUAACUGCUGUCCUUAUUUACAAAACCUUGUGUGGCACGUUUUUAUUGUUAACAGAAAUUUAAUAAUUCAGAUUUAGCUCACCUCAAAAGGCCUCUGCCAAACAAAGAUAAAGAGAAGUGGUAAUUGUAGUGUUACAUGAUAGUUCAGUAUAUUAAGUUUAGAAAUCUCCUAGGACUGCUGAGUCACAGAAAAAUCGACUAAACUGUGAAAAUAAUGUCUUAGUCACAAAAAAAAGCAGUUCAGACAAAUGGCUUAUUCUCAGUUAUUCUAUACUCACUAACACCAAUUUUCUACCCCACAUCAUUAUUUUUUUAAUGAUCUUAACAUCGAUCUAGCUUACUACGAUGUGCUACGAUGCCAAGUGGCUCAUGCCAGCCAGAAAUCAAUUGCAUUUGUUAACUCUAUCUUUCAUUGUUGAUUGGCCAUUUGCCCGAGUUAAGAGUUUAUGUCCAAACUAGUUAGGUUUUGAUCCAAGUAAUCAUGGUGCAACCACUUUUAAUAGCUGAUUUAGUUACAAUCAAACUAGUAGUUACUACCCUUCCAGAGUCGACUUCAUACCCUAACUUUACUAUAGCUAGUGCAACCCAGUGCUGGAAGUUAUUCAGUGAAAUAAACAAAUGCAAAAUAAACAACUUUAAAUAUUCUGAUAUGAAAUAAUAUCAAUAUAUAGCUAUUUGUAAGUCCAAAGAGCCUACAGCCAUGUACAGACAGAUGAUGGACAGAUGAUGAGACAAUGGGGCC